AUGGCAGACAAUAAUGGCGAUCAUCCAAUCUCAUCACAAUUGACGGAAACAAUAAGUUUUGACGUUAAUAUAGACAUAAUACGGAAUUCAGAGUUUCAAGGAUUUGUUACGAACCUCGAACGUUCCCAGCAUGUCAUCAUUAUUAUGAACGAAACUCAUGGAAUGGUAAUCAUUAAUGGAAAGAAAACAGCCGUUAAGAAGUCAAGAGUACAAAUCGAAGGUAAAAUUAGUAAACUAUCCUCUGGAUACCCUCCACCGCAGCCUAGUGCUCCUAUUGAUCAAGUGUUAUCAAAUACAAUUGAAUUGAGCGUUGCCAAAAAUAAUUUCCUUGAAAAUUUUGGCCAAAAAACCCUAAAUACAAUUCGAGAACAAGCAGGUAUUAAUAGCGCAAAUAUUAUAAACGGUAAAUUACAAUUGUCGGGAAAUAAUGCUGCAAUUACAAAGAUAAAAUCUUAUCUUAAAGAAACACUUUAUGAAAAAAAUCUAUCGAUUACCUUUGACAUAAAAAAGCAUCUCGAAUCAACUUGGAAAGGAUGUAUAUUAAAAGAAUUUUCAAAAAAAUAUCGUGUGGGAACGUCUUUACAAGAGUUCCGUUUAUGUGAUAGAAACAAAGGUGAUACUACUCCGAAGAGAGGCUUACCUAAUGCACGAGGUAGGCACUAUGCUAAUACCAGUCAAAGGAAAAUCGAUGAUCCCAAAGAAGGUGACAGGAAAGAAAGAUACAAACCCAAAGUGACAGAAUAUGAAGAUGCAGCAAAUCAAGGAGAAGAUGAUGAUGAGGAUGAUGAUGAUAACAACAGUCAAGGUUCAAAUUCUGAUCAAUCAUUGUCAGCAAAUUGUAUAACCAAUCGUUUCAAUAUGAUGAAUUUUAAUGAUCGUGCUGAACAAUCUAUUGAAGUAUCCUUAUGUAGUGAUUCUGAAGCUUCUUUAUCUAAAGCUUUAGCAGAACUACAAAGUUAUUCUUUUAAAAUUGAAUCUUGGACAUUAACAGAAGAUGAACUAACAUUUAUUUUAAAACAACAACAACGAGGCAGACCUAUGCAAAAUAACAUGCCAAUUAGAGAAC